GAUGUGGCCUGGGCGACAGUUGAAGCAGUGGCGUAGAAGAUAAGUUUCUCGGCGGUUGUUUUGAGUCAGACCCGUGGAGCGGUUACGACGUGUCGCUUCCACGUCUGUCCAUUCAAAAUGAGGGAAAUCGUCCAUCUCCAGGCCGGUCAGUGCGGUAACCAAAUCGGAGCAAAGUUUUGGGAGGUGAUCAGCGAUGAGCAUGGCAUUGACCCGACUGGUGCAUACCAUGGUGACAGUGACCUGCAGCUCGAUCGGAUCAAUGUCUACUACAACGAGGCCUCUGGUGGCCAGUAUGUCCCCCGCGCAGUCUUGGUGGAUCUGGAGCCAGGAACCAUGGACUCGGUUAGAUCUGGACCUUUUGGCCAGAUCUUCAGACCAGACAAUUUUGUUUUUGGCCAGAGUGGUGCUGGAAACAACUGGGCCAAGGGUCACUACACCGAGGGCGCAGAGCUAGUAGACUCUGUCCUGGAUGUGGUAAGGAAGGAGGCCGAGGGCUGCGACUGCCUCCAGGGCUUCCAGCUCACACACUCACUGGGAGGUGGCACCGGCUCUGGAAUGGGUACGCUGCUCAUUAGUAAAAUUCGUGAGGAGUACCCCGACCGUAUCAUGAACACCUUCAGCGUGGUCCCCUCCCCCAAGGUGUCAGACACGGUAGUGGAGCCCUACAAUGCCACACUGUCUGUCCACCAGCUGGUAGAGAACACAGACGAGACCUACUGUAUCGACAACGAGGCUCUGUACGACAUCUGCUUCCGUACUCUCAAACUUACAACCCCCUCGUACGGUGAUCUCAACCACCUGGUGUCCGCCACGAUGAGCGGUGUCACGACGUGCCUCAGGUUUCCCGGUCAGCUGAACGCUGACCUUCGCAAACUGGCCGUCAACAUGGUGCCCUUCCCACGUCUGCACUUCUUCAUGCCCGGCUUUGCCCCCCUCACAAGCCGAGGCAGCCAGCAGUACCGGGCUCUUUCUGUACCUGAGCUCACCCAACAGAUGUUCGAUGCCAAGAACAUGAUGGCCGCCUGCGAUCCACGCCACGGCCGCUACCUGACGGUGGCCGCCAUUUUCCGUGGUCGCAUGUCCAUGAAGGAGGUGGAUGAGCAGAUGCUGAACGUGCAGAACAAGAACAACAGCUACUUUGUGGAAUGGAUCCCAAAUAAUGUCAAGACAGCAGUGUGCGACAUCCCUCCCCGUGGGCUGAAGAUGGCGGCCACCUUCAUCGGCAACAGCACCGCUAUCCAGGAGCUGUUCAAGCGCAUCUCUGAGCAGUUCACCGCCAUGUUCAGGCGCAAAGCUUUCCUCCACUGGUACACAGGCGAGGGCAUGGAUGAGAUGGAGUUCACUGAAGCUGAGAGCAACAUGAACGACCUCGUGUCCGAGUACCAGCAGUACCAGGAUGCCACUGCCGACGAGGAGGAGUUUGAGGAAGAAGAGGGCGAGGAGGAUCUUGCCUAGACCUUCAACUUAUGACGCCAAAAUCUGUUAAUUUCUGAGAUUUUCUACUGAGGCCAAAGUCUGAUCUAGGUUUCCAGGUGAUUGGAGGAGAUGGUUCUCGUAUUGGCGCUUGUUCUUGAAAGUAGCACUUUUUAGCCCAGCUUAUUUCUCCCAUUUGCACAAAUGCACAAUCGUCAGCAUCCUGUAAAAUAAGUCUUAUCCACUCACCAUUUUGUCUACUGGAUUCUGUGCCCGUCCGGCUCCUGUCAGACUCCAUUUUAAUGUUGCCACAAGAGAAAGUAGUCGGGACACAGAAUCAUGAAGUUACAAAGUUUUAAGUGGAGCACUAAAAUGCCACUCAAGCAAGCAAAAAAUAUUUGUCAGAACACCAAACUGGUACUGCAGAGAGCCGUACACAUGGUGAUAAACUGAAAUCUACAAAUAUACAUCUCACUGCUGAGGAUGGCAAUGAGUUGACCCUUUGACUUUUUGUUUGUUGUACUCUCUUGAAACACUUCAGUUGCCUUCCUUCUUUUGCUGCAUCUUGAAAUAAAGUUUCUGAC